ACGUGUUUGACACGGAACGAGAGACGUUAAAAUAUGAAAGCGGUCGCUUCAUUGUGUAUGUUGAUAUUAUGCUGCAGCCUGAAUUAAUUGAACUUUUGGGAGAAUCACCAAGAAUUCUUGCAGAAAAGAUACCCGUACUUGAAUAUAAGGAGACAAAAUGGGUUGCAUUUCAACAGAAAGAGAUGGAGAACGGGAGAGAAAUUGCUUCUUCACCUUUUACAUUCAGACCUGAACGAAUCCGCGUUGCAACAGAAGAUGAAUAUUUUGAGGAUGGUGACAUACAUCGGCACAUGUAUCUACAGGAUGUCGCAACGGCUUUGGCCGAUGACUACCAACCUCCAACCAUAUCUGAAUUCAGAUGUCACAUUGCUGGAUGCAAACAGUUCUUUGAUACAUUGGAAGGAUACGAACACCACUACAAUGCCUUGCAUCGCAAUGUAUGUUCCAGCUGCAAGCGCUCUUUCCCGUCAAAUCGACUACUGGACGUGCACAUCUUGGAGUGGCAUGACUCUCUCUUCCAGGUCAUGGCAGAGAAGCAGUGCAUGUACGAGUGCUUGGUUGAAGGAUGCGGUCUGAAAUUCAAAACCAGCAAAGAGAGAAAAGAUCAUCUUAUUAAAACACACAGCUAUCCAGCAGACUUCAGAUUUGACAGAGCAAAGAAGAGCGGAAGAAUACGAGAAAGAAAGACUCUGCUACAAAAUGAUGCCCAAAUGGAAGUUUGUGAAACAUCAGCUAAUCAACCGGAGAAAUCUGAAUCCAUGGAUUUCUCCCUGACACCAGAGACAGAAAACGUGAAAAGAACUGUAGAAACUGAGCCAAUGAAUACAACUAAUCCAAAACCACUGUAUUCAUACAGAGUUCCAUCAUCCAUCUGCUUUGGCCAUGGCUCAGUCAGAGGGUUUAGAGGAAGAAGAGGGAAGAAGUAGGACAAAGCUUUAAUUCAAAGCAUACAAUCUAUCUUAUGUUCAAAUGCUUACUAAAACCCAUUUGCUUGUUAAAAAAUGUAUUUUUGCAAUAAAACUUUGUUAA